AACUACGUAACAUGUUAUCUGGCCAGUUGCAAUCGUGAUCCGAUCGAAUUUUCAUGGAACUACUCAUCGGGAAAACUACGAUGCCCGUGAAAUCGAGCACGCAUCUUCGGCCACAUCUGAUCUGUUUAUCGGCACGUUUAUCGGUCGGUUUUUGCGAAGGAGACAAGAAGGGGGAUAUCGCGAAUUUUUUUGCGGGACCGUGGAGCGAUACUUUAUCAUUUCGGUGGUCGGAAGAAGCAGCCUGAGAACACGACGAAACGAGGAAAAACGGACAAGGUGGUCAGGAUGUUUUUGGAAAUCGGUGUCGUGAGCACUUUUGUGAGUUUCUUCGUCGUUUCCGCCGUCAUAACGACACACAACUAUGACCUUAUUCCUUGUAAAAUGGACGGAGACUGCACGCAUUACAAUGGAUUCUGCUUGGACGGUUUUUGCAAAUGCAACAAUUCAACGUUCAGCUGUAAACUCAACCAGGAUAGUACGCUGGUAAACAAAAUAGGGGAAAGCUGUCAAUCAACCAACGAGUGUAAUCUGGAUUCUGCCUUUUGCGGCAAAAAUAAUACAUGCGUUUGCGAAGAUGGUUAUCUGCCGUCGGAAAACAAGAUGAAAUGUUUGAGAACCGCCACCCGUUUGGGUGACGAUUGCGAGGAGAGCGCUCAGUGCUAUUCGGGAAUACCAUCAACUGGUUGUCACAAGGAUAAAUGUGUCUGUCAACCUCACAUGCACGAAUUCAACGGUUCCUGCUACAAGAACGUUGGUCUGGGCGAAACUUGUCAGUUGAUAGAAGAAUGUUCUAUGACCCCGCAUGCCACCUGUGUGAAAACCAAGUGCCAAUGUAGGGAAAACUACGUAUCAAACGGCACGGUUUGUUUGAUUAAAGCCAACGGUAUCAAUUUCACUUGUGAUGCCGAUUUGCAAUGCAAAGCUCAACUUGGCGAGGGAUCGGAAUGCUCAUAUGGUUCGUGCAAAUGUAAAGAAGUUUUUCAUUUCAAGGCUUCCAUAAAUCAGUGCGUUCACGAUAUACUUCUCAAUGAACAGUGCGGAGAACACAGAGACUGCCAUCAACCUGGUACUGGUCCGAGUAGACUAGAAUGCUUAGUGGGUGUCUGCAAAUGUAAAUCCCCAUAUUUAGAAGAAGGUGGAUUCUGUAUAAAUUCUUCGACCUCUGUGGUGGUCAUAAGGUCCAUAAUAUUGUUUCUUGGAACAAUAUUUCUGAUAAUCUGAUCUCUUUCUUUGAAUUCGAAUGAACCCUUUCAUGUUAUUGUUUUUGAAGGUUGUUAUUUAUUUAUGUAAAACUUUAUAAGCCUAUUUAUUUAUGGAAAUAUAUUUUUUAUUACUA